UGUCUUUCAUGUGUUCCAGGUCCAGGAUGCAGCACUGCACAGAUCUGGGAGGGUAAAGUUCUCAAACUGUGGCUGCUGAAACCUCAUCCUUAAAAGUAGACUCCUCAGACAACCUGCAUCUUCCCACUGAAACCUGGAAUCCAGGAGCUUGCAGCAUCUCUGAGAACGAUACAAAGCCACUGAAUGAUGAUGCAGUUAUAGCUGAUGACCUGACCUUCAUCAGUGUACAGCACAAUCACCCUGCAGGAACCAUGGAGGACCCCUAUCAGAACAGUGUGAACCAGCAAGGAACAGAGUACAACUACAUGCAUGAUGGAGGUGGUCAAGAUGGCUACCCCUACCAGACAGACUACCCUCCUCAGGACGAGGAUGCUGCUAGUGAUGCUACCGAGGGAGCAGAUGUGGAUGACCAGAUGUAUGAGGGGGAGUACCAGGGCAUUCCCCACCCUGACGAGAUCAAGGAGGCUAGACGGGCAGCUCGGAUAGAAGCCAGGAGAAAAGCCCACCUUACGACCCAACAAAAAGAAGAAGAAGACAGCUUGCCAGAGCAGUAUGAGACCAUCAUGGAGGACUGUGGCCAUGGACGCUUCCAGUGGAUCCUGUUCUUUGUGCUGGGUCUGGCCCUCAUGGCUGACGGUGUAGAUGGCUUUGUGGUGGGCUUCGUCCUACCCAGUGCGGAGAAAGACAUGUGCAUAUCAAAUGCUGACAAAGGGUUGUUGGGUCUGCUGGUGUACGUGGCCAUGAUGGUGGGGGCUUUCGUUUGGGGCGGCUUGUGUGAUAAGUUAGGAAGGAGAAAGUGUCUGAUCUACGUCCUGACCAUCGACCUGGUCUUCUCCUUCAUGUCAUGCUUCGUUCAGAGUUACAGCUUCUUCCUCUUCUUAAGGUUCUGCUCUGGCUUUGGAAUUGGCGGUGCAGUUCCAAUCGUGUACACCUACUUCACAGAGUUUCUGCAGAUGGACAAACGUGGCGAACACCUGAGCUGGCUCUGCAUGUUCUGGAUGCUCGGGGGCCUUUAUGCCUCCUUCACUGCCUGGGGAAUCAUCCCCCACUACGGCUGGGGCUUUGCCAUUGGCACUGAGUUCCAGAUCCACAGCUGGAGAGUAUUUAUCCUGGUUUGUCUCUUCCCUGCCCUGGCCGCACUCGUCGGAGUCGUCUUGAUGCCAGAAAGUCCUCGUUUCUUGCUGGAGAAUGCCCGACACGAUGAGGCGUGGAUGAUACUGCGACGGGUCCACGACACCAACUGGAAGGCCAAAGGGGAGCCGGAGAGAGUCUUCACUGUGACCUGCAUUAAGGCUCCACACACUCAGGAAGACGAAUUCAUCGAGAUCCAGAGUGAUACUGGGACAGCUUUCCAGCGCUGGACAGUCCGACAUUUAACCAUGCUCCAACAGGUGAUGGCAAAUGUGAUGUCUCUGUCAGCUCCAGAUCUCAGACUUCAAGGCCUGUUCCUGGUUAUAGUCUGGUUCUGCUUGGCCUUCAGCUACCACGGGCUUGGAGUGUGGUUCCCUGACAUGAUCAAAUACAUGCAGUUUGAAGAAUAUGAAUCCAAGGUCAGAGUGUUCCACCGAGAACGAGUGGAACGGUUCCACUUCAACUUCUCUUUGGUCAACCAGAUCCACCAUGAGGGAGAGUACAUACAUGACAAGUUUGAAAACAUCGAGAUUAAAUCAGUGAAAUUUGAGGAUUCUCUGUUUGAAAACUGCUACUUUGAGGAUAUCAAGUCAACCAACACCUUCUUUGAGAACUGCACCAUCAAAAACACAUUGUUCUACAACACAGAUCUCUGGCAGGAAAAAUUCAAAAAGUGUCACAUGGAGAACACCACCUUCCUGCACCCAAAGAAGGGCUGCCACCUGAACUUCCAGGAAGAGAAUGACAUUGUCAUCUACAUGGUCAGCUUCCUGGGAAGUUUGGCUGUGUUGCCCGGCAACAUCAUCUCAGCACUGUUCAUGGACAAAAUUGGAAGAAUCAAGAUAAUAGGAGGUUCUAUGCUGGUAUCAUCUGCAUGCACGUUCCUGUUGCUGUUGAGUUUCAGCCAAGGAGCUGUGAUAUGUUGGCAAUGUCUGUUCAACGGGGUGAGCGUGGCAGCUUGGAAUGGCCUGCAGGUCAUUUCAGUGGAACUCUACUCCUCCUCCAAAAGAGGGACGGCAUUUGGUGUGCUAAACACGAUCUGUAAGUUUGCAGCCAUCAUUGCCAGCUUCAUCUUUGCAGCGUUUAUUGGCAUCACCAAAAUCAUCCCCGUCUUCCUGGCCUUCUCCGCCCUUGUCUGUGGAGGUCUGCUGGCCCUGAAGCUGCCAGAAACCCGGGAGAAAGUCCUCUCUUGAGGAGCCAAACCCAGCAGCCUCCGGACCCCAACCACAGCUGAGCCAUGGCUACCUUUAUGU